AUGCCCAACAUCAUCAACCAUCAGGGUCACACUCUGCUCAGGGGACGUGUCCAGCAACACAUGGGGACGCAGGGACAGCCAGGCCGGGACUCAGAGCCACCUCCAGCUCUGGCCCAGCUUCCUGUCCUGGGCAGCUCUGUCCUCAAGCCUCAGGCCGGCUCCCGGGCAGGGCUGCUUCCCACUGGGCGAGGCCUGGUCAGCCCGCAGCCUGGCAUUGCCACCCGCACGCCCUGCUCCGAGCGGCUCUCAGGACUCCCACCUCCUUGCCUCUGCCCCCGGCAGCCCCUGGCGUCCCUGGCUCUGCCCACCCGACUGCGUCUCUGGAAACCCGUCACACGGCAGGGCCGCGUCCGCGUGUCCCAGCCGAGCUGUCCUUCGAACAGCUGCGCCGCUGGGAGCUCGGGCCGUCCGCUCCUCAGGCCGCCCCGUCAGCGGGGCGCCGUGCUGCUCACUCCGUGCUCCAGCAUCAGAACCAGGCUGGGCGUGGGGGCGGGGGCAGCGCCAGGUGAUGAGCAGAGGACGGCGGGGCCCCUGGGGGGCCUGCAGAGGCCCCUGAGAGCAAGACGUAGGCCCCAUUUUGAGCGUGGAGCCGCCUUCGAGCCGAGCGCCCACGGCCGCUCAGCUGCCGCCCAUGGGUGCCCUUUGAACCCUGCAGGUGCCUCCAGCAUGGCGGCGGCCGAAAUGCCCGGCUAUCUCGUGUCCCCUCAGACGGAGAAGCACCGACGGGCGCGCAACUGGACGGACGCGGAGAUGCGCGGCCUCAUGCUCGUCUGGGAGGAGUUCUUCGACGAGCUCAAGCAGACCAAGCGCAACGCCAAGGUCUACGAGAAGAUGGCCAGCAAGCUCUUCGAGAUGACCGGGGAGCGGCGCCUGGGCGAGGAGAUCAAGAUCAAGAUCACCAACAUGACCUUCCAGUACAGGAAAUUAAAAUGCAUGACAGAUAGCGAGUCCGUCCCGCCCGACUGGCCCUAUUUCCUAGCCAUUGAUAGGAUCCUGGCCAAGGUUCCCGAGUCCUGUGACGGGAAACUGGCAGACAGCCAGCAGCCGGGGCCCUCCACGUCCCAGACUGAGGCGUCCCUGUCGCCGUCUGCUAAGUCCGCCCCCCUGUACUUACCGUACGGCCAGUUCUCCUACGAAGGCCGCUGUGAAGACGACGGCUCCGACAGCUCUUCCAGCUUACUGUCCCUUAAGCUCAGAUCCGAGGAGCGGCCCGCCAAGAAGCGCAAGGUGCGGGGCUGCCCGUUCCAGAAGAAGAAGCUGCGGCUGCUGGAGGCCAUGGUGGAGGAGCAGCGCAAGCUGAGCCGCGCCGUGGAGGAGACGUGCCGCGAGGUGCGCCGCGUGCUCGACCAGCAGAACCUGCUGCAGGUGCAGAGCCUGCAGCUGCAGGAGCGCAUGAUGAGCCUGCUCGAGAAGAUCAUCGCCAAGUCCGGCGUCUAG